CCUCCUUCAUCCUCAGGCGGAGACAGGAGGAUGUUCCCUGCCCAGGAGGAAGCCGAGCGUACGGUGUUUGUGGGGAAUUUGGAGGCCCGCGUCCGGGAGGAGAUUCUUUAUGAACUGUUCCUUCAGGCUGGGCCAUUAAUCAAAGUGACAAUAUGCAAAGACAGAGAAGGAAAGCCAAAGUCUUUUGGAUUUGUCUGCUUUAAACACCCAGAAUCGGUGUCUUAUGCCAUAGCUCUGCUGAAUGGAAUUCGUUUAUAUGGAAGACCAAUUAAUGUGCAGUAUCGAUUUGGAAGUUCUCGCUCUUCUGAACCAGCUAGCCAAAGUUUUGAAAGCUGUGUUAGGAUAAAUUCAUACAGUUACAGAACUGAAGAUGCCGUGGGCAGAUCUUCCUUUCCCCUGCAGUUCUUUCCAAUUAAUAAUGCACCUUUACCACAGGAAUGUUUUUCCUUUCCAAAGAUGCAAUGGCAAGCAUAUAACACAGUGCAGCAGCUUCCCUACUAUGAGAUGACCACGCCACUUUCCAACAGUCCAUCUGUGUCUUCCUCACUAAACCCUGCUUCGGAUCUAGAGGCUGGCCCGAGCUCCUAUGAAUGGACACCUCAACCGCCAAGUGACUCUGACUUCCAUCAGUCAAAUAAGCGAAAGAGACAAAAACAAACAAGUGACAGUGAUAGUAGCACAGAAAAUAAAAGAGGAAAUGAGUAUAGUCAGAAGUUCCGAAAGUGUAAGAAGAAGAAAAGACGUUAAUGGCACAAUUGGUUGGAACUUCUGUCCACGGAUGUGAUGUGAAUCCUCUAAAAAGAAGUAUGUGUACUCUAUCAGAUAGUCAAGUUGGCUUUCAUUUCUGAUGUAUCUAGCAUGACAUUUUAAUUUGCCAUUUCAUUUUGCCUUAAAUGGUAAAAAUUCAAAUAUGACAGUGUAUUAUUUUUGAGUUUACAAUGAUAUUUUGAUUCACUGUCAACAAGAAACGUACUUGAGUUUCUGUAUUUUGAGUAUUGAUGCUGGUUAAAUUUCUCUAACAUAUCAAUCAAAACUAUUGUGCAUGGAACACUGUGGACAGAACUCCGGGCUGUCUUAAACUGUUGCCUAUAACACUAGUAGUAGAUUUUUUAAUUAAAUUGGUGUAGAUGUUUAAUAGUUGCAUGUUAUACUUAAGAGAGACUAAAUAGGUUUUAAUUUACUUUAUUAAUAAUAUUUUUAAGUUCACAGAUGUUAUCUCUGAGCCUUACUUCUCUGCAGGUUUAUAUUUCAUCAAACCCAAGGACCUAUGACAAUGAUACCAAAGCAAAGAUGUUUACCAUUGGUCUAGCUUGGUAGCAUUCCUAUUUUAUAUGAAUAUGUUUAAAUAGUAACACCUGCCUCUUUACUUCUCACUUAUUGUAUUUCAAAUUAAUUGGGUAUGUCAGUAUUUAUUAUUCACCUCUUUUGACCACUUCUUUGAGAAGAUAUAUCUGACAUCUUUAAAUCUUGAUGAUGAACAAUGAAUAGAACUGUAUUUUAUCAAUAUAUGAUAUUUAUUACUUGCUGACCAAGUUUCCUAUAUAUCAUUCAUUUAUUUUUUAGAAUAUAAAUAUAAUGCUUAUAAAACUAAUAAAUUAUUUGGAUACAUUUGUUAACUUUAUUGCUUGUCAUAAACAAGAAAGUUGAAAACAUUUAUUUUUAAAACCCAGUUGAGGGGCCCAAAUAGUAGUACAGUAGGUAGGCGCUUGCCUUAAACUUGGCCAACUUCAGUUCAGUCCUUGGAACCCCUUAUGAUCCCCAAGCCCCACCAGGAAUGGUCCCUGAGCAUGGAGCCAGGAGCAAGCCCUGAGUACCACAAGAUGAGGUACAAAUCUAAGAAAAAAGAAAAAGGGGGCUGGAGUGAUAGCACAUCGGGUAGGGCAUUUGCCUUGCACAUCGCCGACCUGGGUUCAAUUCCCAGCAUCCCAUAUGGUCCCCUGAGCACCACCAAAGGUAAUUCCUGAGUGUAGAGCCAGGAGUAACCCCUGUGCAUCACCGGGUGUGACCCAAAAAGCAAAAAAAAAAAAAAAAAAAGGGGGGAAAAGAAUCAUGCAGUUCUAUUGGGAAUUAACCAUCAAAUCAUAGGUAAAACCAUGUUAAGAUACUUACUUUUCAUGUUUCUAGGACUUUAUGAAUUGCUAUCAUUUAAAUAAUAAGAUUUUUUCAGAUAACAUGAAUAACUGAUUUAAGUUCUUAUAAAUAUAUCACUGUAUCACUGUUGUCCUGUUGUUCAUCAAUUUGCUCGAGCAGGCACCAGUAACAUCUCCCUUCAUCCCUGUCACGUUCAGGGUGAGAGGAAUGAGGCCCAUUAUGGUUAUGUUUUGGCAUAUCCAAUACGCUAUGGAGAGCUUAGAAUUAUAAUAUAAAUGUCAGUCUUUCUCCAUCUAAUAAACAUAAAAAAUUAUUCUUAAUCUAGAUUGAUAUGUAUGUCUUCAUGUUUCUGAAAAUUCAAACUAAAUAUGAUGAAGUAUUCUUCCUAAAUUGACAUUUUUAUAGUUUACAACCAUAACAAAGAAAAAAAUGUUUCAAUCUAAAUAGAGCACAUGUUUUAACAUAGUAUUUCACUUUAGCCUUUUCUUCUAUUUUUUUUUUCUUUUUUGGUCCACACUGGCGGUGCUAAGGGGUUACUCAGGUAUUAGUCCUGGUGGUGCGCAUAGUAUUCCGGGAAUUGAAUUUAGGUUGUCCACAUGCAAGGCAAGUACCCUACCUGUGCUACAUUAUCAUUUGUGACCUUUUUCAUCUAUUCUUAAGCCUUAUGGUCUACUCUCCUUAACUAUAUUUUUAAGGGAAGAAAUAAAUGUCUUAUAAGAAAUAUGUGCAUAAGGAAUAUUUAUUAGCAAAUUAGAAUGAGAUAUUUAUAAGUAUUGUAAAUGAGACAUACUGUAAUAUAAAUAUUUGUAAAUGAGAAUGAAUUAUUUGUAAGAAAUUCAUAAGGUAAAAUAUUAGAUAUCAGAACUGCAAAGAAUUAUUAGAACUUUUUUCUUCACUGGCUGGAAUUACCUCAAUAUCAAUUUUAAUAAGUCAACCAAUUUGAACCAACUAGAAAGCAAAUUCAUCUGCUUAUCCUGGUAUCUUUCAUUGUUAGAAAUUUAUAUAUAUGCAUAUGUUAUUUUAAUUUGUCAGUUUUUAUCAAUGGUGUGCUUUAGGUAAGGAAUUAUUUAAAUGAUUUGUCAUAAAGAAUUUUAUUUUUUCAAUUUUUUUUUCUCUCAUAAAAUCAAUUUUUAAAUAUGUAUACAUUUUACAAUUUAACAUUAGAAAAAGUUUUACAUUUGACAAUAAAAUUAAUUACAUUUGUACUCUCAUUGAAACCAGCCCAAAGAGAAUUCGGAGCUGGACUAAAUUAAAAGAGUCAAACUCCUCUGGGCCUCAGCUCUUAAGAACUUAAAGAAUGUUUCCCUUCUUGUGUUAGUCUACAAAAAGCUUUUAUGAGGAAGACAGCGUGUGUGCUGGGACCCUUAAUUGGAAAUCAUUCUUUAUAUUUAUAAAUACACUGAGUAUACCUACAUAGACUAGAUCUCAAAGGGAAUUUAUUGACUACCCUGGCACCUACUAGUCUGCAACUGUCCCUUUCUAAAAAUAUAUUAUCCAGUUCUGUUACUAUAUGAAAUGCUUCUUGUGAAUAUUCCAUCAAGAUGGUUCUCUAGGGGGCUAAAGAAAUAGUCCAGCAGCUAAGUCACUUGGCCACCAUUAUUCAACAUUCUGAUCCAUUGCUAAUAAAGUUCUUUCUCUACUUAACCCCUUGUCUCUCCAUUGAUUGUCUCCCUUUGUGCCAGUGAA